UAAUAACUUUUUGUACUCCUCCAAGAGCCCUGGCUACAAACUGACUGAGAGCAUGCCCAAGGUGUAUAUCAAAGAGAAAUCUGUCAGGAAAUAAAAACUUUAAGAACUACCUCUGCCUUUCUAAGAGAUUCCUUGCUUCGAAGGAAACGAGGGCGAGAGACAACAUCAUGGAUAAAUAUUUUUCCAAUACUAAAGAAUCGAUUCCGAGGAACUAUUACUCCAAGAUUGAUGACAUUGAGGAAGUAGAUCUAGUACAAAAGAGCACUCCUAGAAAGUAAGAGUGGCAUUCGUUUCUCAACAAAUCAUUUGGUUAUAAAAACAGCACUUCCCAGAAUUUGUCAGUUGGGAAAUCACAGAAACUGAGGUCCAGGAAUAAUGUGUCCCAGGUUGAAGGGGCUAUAUCUCGUGAGUCUAAAGAGGGAAGAGGGAAUCUGAACCAAAUUGCAUUUCCAGCCCUUUCAAAACAUUCAGUGGAUUAUACUUCCUCUCCUUCCAGAAUUUUGAGACAGUGGCAAUAGAAACUCUUUUUAAGGAAAACAAUUCUAUAAACUCUUUGAAGAGAAAAUAAGUCACUUGCUGUUGUCAGAUACUUACAAAAAUCAGUUGAUAGAAGGCCGUUGAAGUCAAAUAUAGCAGAUGAUUGGCUAGAUGAAUCAAUGACACCGUCCCAAAACCCAUCAGACGAUAUUAAAAUCUCAAAGAGGGCUAGAAAAGAGAGAAUACAGCUACGAAAAGGGAAAUAUAUAAGAAGUAGGCCUAAAAUUUACAACCUCAACAUGUUCAGAAAUGAACGAAUCAAGCAGCUCAGUAGAGCUGAAUGCUAAGUUAGACCAUGAAUAACUAAUUCUAACCCAAAAUUUCCUCCUAAAUCCCUUCAAGAAUAUUGAAUGUGGCACCAAAGUGAGGGAAAUAGCCUAGG